AUGCUCAUUCCUAAGCAUUGUACUAAGCAUUGUUCUGAUCAUGACCAAAGUGUAUUGGACUCCACCACUAUUGGAACUGAAGAAGCCAAACCGACAUUCAAACAAGUAGAUAGUCAUAAUUGUAAUAGAGCCUUACUCUUUACUACUAUGAACGGCACCUCUGCUUUAGAUUGUGCAAUUGACUUAUUCCAAUCCUUUGUCUAUGCAAAUCCGAUAGAUGGACUUCAUGAAGUCCAUUGUUCACCAACUCCUGAACUAGCUAGACUUGAACAUAGCAUUGGAGAUCCUAUCAACCCGGAUCGCACCAGUGCAACUCAAGUCGCACCGCCAGAGCUUGAGAUCUAUCAGUCUCACAAGCAACCCUCAACUCAAUUUGAGCUGGUGUCGUAUCAAUCUCACAAGCAAUCCUCAACCCAAGAGGCACGCUUUGAUGAUGAUACUCGAAAGCCUGACGGGAGAAAUGGUCCACCACCUUGCAACAGCUUUGAGCACGGAUUACAACCAACUGAGGUUGAACUGAAGAACCCAAGCUCAGCGGUGAAGUCUUGUGAACGUGAUUGGGAACGCCUCCGCAGCUACUUUGCAUGGUUGCCCAAGCUAGUCAUCCAGAAGAACUCGGAACACUACUUGGAAGACUCAACUCAACUAGCUACGAUAACUACUAUAGAUAUUACAGUAUUGGCGCCUUCCAACUUUGUAUCUACUUCUAGAACUAGCCACCAAAUCCGAGCCCGGCAAUGCCGCAGCUUCCUACUUGCUGGAAAGCACAGAUGCAGCACACGCCAUGACACUGAAUCGCCAAGCUACAAUGAUAGUAUCAUUGAGCGGUCCCCAGGCCUAUUCCACCAAUCUGCUUGUAGCGGAGCUAACCAAAGUCUUUGCUUUGAUGGCACAACUACAAUAAGCUCAAGCAACAAUACAGUCACACAUGGGCUCACUACGACUACAAUCAAUGGUAUAGAUCUUUGUCACUGUACAUUGGCAGUGAGCGACUUCCUCCAUUGGACAUACAUUGAUGACUGGACAACUUUGUCAAUUGGAUGGAAGCAAUUUGAACAAAGUCUACUAGCUAAGACUGAAAUGGUAAACAUUAUCCACUUGGCAACUUGUCUAUGUACCAACGCUUUCUACAUGAAGCAAUUGACCACUUCAACUGAAGACCAAAUGAAUUCUGACCACAUUGUUGCUCAGAUUAAUGGGGAGCAGACAACUGGUCUGCAACCAUUGCUCAAAGGCAAUGAGCCACUCCUUGAUGCCUUGCCUCAGCAUAUAACUAAACAUUACAAGACGACAUUGUACCAACUACACAUAUGGCAUACCUUGUUGCCAUUACAUCAUGUGAACAAAGUUUUUCACCUGAAAAGGUUUUCUUUGCCUCAUAUUGAUGGACCCAAGACUACUGAGACUGUUGCCAACAGCUCACCAAGACCUAAUACAAGCGACAUGUUGUACUGUCGUUCCACGGUGUAA